CGGUGCGACAAUAUGGGCCGGCGGAAUGAGCGAAGCGAUUGAUAACUGUAUACACAACGAGUCUCCGCCAUCGGGAACGCCUGUCCUGUGGCGGCCGGAAGCUGAUGCCUCCACAACGGCAAGUGGAUGUACACAAAUCUUUCCAGCCAGCCAAGCUCGUGCGUUCCCGAUUGCGGGCCAAUUAUGUCAUCACGUUCCUUCGCCCGCAAAGCGCCCCUCUGCCAGGAGCCUCCCGCCUGCACCGGGCGAGGCGAAGGACUCCGGGGGCGGCGCGGACAGGAGACAGAGCCUACAGUUCACAGUCCCUGAUACAGGGUACGGCAGGCAAGGUGAGCUUGCCAAACAUUUGAGCUGAACGCAGUGCAGGCGCAGACACGUAACGUUUGCCAGACGACUAGGAUGCAGUGAGACAGUGAGACGUAAGUACACGAUUCGGACAGGUCAUGUGGGGGUAACAGGGCCAACCUGUCUUCGCAACGUCAUAGCAACUGCCCAUCCUUUGGCGCGCGAGAGCCAGCUGUGCCGAUUCAAACAAAAACGCAUCCGCUGUGUUUCCGAGCCAACUUAUCCUGGGAUGAAGGAGGAUAGACGAGUAAGGAGGGAAGCCCUGGGAGGAUGGAGGCCUAUGGCAAGAGCCACUCAUGUCAGGUCAGGUGGAUCUGGCGGCAGCCGCCGUUGCAGGAGCUCCUUCGGGAAGACAAUGUCUUCAUGCAAAGACUCCAUCCGGCUCUCCAUCGUGCCCUCCCUCUCCUUCAGGAAGUCCAUGCUUUGCUGCAAGGUCCCCAUCCGGCUCUCCAUUGUGCCUUCGCAGAAGCAGAAGCUGGAGAAGCGGUGCAACGCUGAAAUUGAGAACACGACGGGCACACGCGCUAGCACGAGGUACAGAGAAGGGCAUGUUGUCUACAAUAGAAGCCCUUUGAAAUUCCCAAGACGCCCGCGGCCCUAA